CCUUGAUGAACGUCAUAUAUAGAGUGAAUGUCAGAAUAGAUAAAAUUAAGCCAUUAAAACCUACCUUCUACCCUCUUACGAGGGCGCUGCGCGCCUCUUAUAUACUCAAUCCUAGUAGAUCUACCCCUGAAUCUACCCCUAACCCACUUAUACCCUGACAGUGAUAAAGAGAUUGUUCUACUGGAGUUCUAAAACAAUCAAUUGUAGCUAUAACAGGUGAUUACCUAUGUAGCUGGAUUGAUAAAAUCAGCUAUAUUGUAGACAAACGAUGGUAAACAGCAGGUGUGUUCAGUCAACUUUAUUGGUAUAUAUGGAUGGAUAGAUCGUAGCUUUGCUUUUAAAAAUAUCCAAGAAACACAGUCAUCUCACAUUAUCACAUACAACUGAUAACAGGAUAACUAUCAAGUAAUCUGGUAAGACAAAUACUGGAAGAAAUAACCAGAAACUUACUUGCACAUUUCACCAUUCUUUUCAAGAAAAAUGCCUCCUCGUAAAGAAGUGGGCGAGGGGCCGAUUCCGAGACACCUUUGGCCGGUUGAGCCUCCCGUCAGUCCCGGAACACGUGAGGCUCGUCGCCAAGCAAGGCGCGACCUAAUGGAAGGGCGUAAGAUGAGAAAAAUCAAAGCCACGAUGGAUUUCCUUAUAAAGCAAGGGGAGACCGGUCUUGACGCGCUGGCCUUGAUGACAGAUUCCGAAAAGAGACAAGAAGGAAAAGACCUGGAGUUGGUAAACAGAGUAGCAAGAGAGAUGGGUAUCGGACCACUCCCGCCAGGCUACGUAUAUAUAUCAAAACUUCCACCACUUGAACCGUAUAAGCUGCCUGCCAAGACAGGGCCCGUCCGAACGGAUUCCAAGCGGCAGGAAAAAAGAGUGGAUUUUGUACAGCCAAAGCAAAAUACUCGCGUACGGCCGCCGGUGUCGCCUCCACCUCCACCUCGAGCAAAGCCACCAAGAACAGUAGAAGCAAGGCUAGAAGCGCUGCAACUGGCGCCACAGGAGCCAGAACCCAGUAAGUCAGGUCUUGAAACCCGAGAGCAACAGCGUGAAUUCCUAGUGGAGACGCUGAGACAACGACAUCUCGCUAAGAAGGCCGAUAGAAAGCGACAGUGGGAGCUGGGGGGAAGAUAUGGACAUCCUCUCUUUCCUCGUGGCAGACCAUACCCUUCGAAGGGAGAGGAACAGCGUAUAACAGUUUGGGAAAAGCGUAUGCAGCGACAUGCGGAGCGAGCGCUGCGCCGUCGAAAAGGACUUGAACAAAUCGAUCAGGAUGAGAGCAGAGGAAGAAAUGAUAGGAGAAGUGGAUCGUUUUCUGGUAGAGGGAAUGGCAGCGAAGAUGAGCCUAUACAUUCUCCUGUACGUGAUUACACUCCCCCGCCAACUCCUCGCCCAUUUCCACUUGAUCCUCCAGGUCCUCCGGGUCCUCCCUCGGACCCCUCUUCGUCAUCGCCAUCGCCCAAGUCACCCGUGCCGCCAUUGCCACCUUCACCGUCAUCGUCUUCCUCCUCGAACAAAACCAUACACAGUCUGGUCCCGCAUAUUUUCCCAAACUUAAACCGGCCCGAGAUCUCGGGGCUCCCUAUGGAGAUUCUUCUGGGGAUAGUUGAACUCAUGCAUCCUUCCUCGCGCAUCAGACUAGCCCUUGCCAUUCCCCGUGUCUUCCAGUCGCCCAGCUUCAUAAAUAUAUUCACCCUCGAUGCGGCGCGCCAGAUGCGAGAUUUCCGUGCCUAUGAACCACCCCGCAGGUGGCACGGAGGCGAGCCGCCAGAGAACAUCCCACUCCUUCAGACGGCGAUUUAUCGUACUUACUGCGAUGCAGACGUGAUCAGCCGUAUCCUCGACGGGUAUGCCGCUGUUGCGGGGGAUGUUAUCAACGAUAUUUAUAUGUUUAGAGGUUUCCGUCCGCCGCUCGUCGCCGCCACUUAUGCCCUGAGGCCAGAUCUACUCCGCGUACUUUUUGAAAGGGGCGCUGAUCCAAACAUACGCUGGCCGUUCCUCUUCCCGAGCCCGGGGCCAACUGAUAGGCAACGAAUAAAUCGCUGCACAAUAUUCUUAGAGUCUCAUAGAGAAUGCCAGCCACCGGCCGGACUCCGUAGGACAUCUAGGAGAUUCUUUCCCUGCCCAGAUCUUUAUGCCCAUGCUCUUCAUGUGUAUGACAGAAGACGAGCUGCUGCAAUAAACCCUAGAAGAGCCCCUGAGCGUGGAGAUACAAGACUCCGUGACCAGAUGAAUCGAGCCGAAGAAACAGUUUCAAUUGUGCUGUUUCAACGAGGGCUACAUCGGUUCGACCAGAUGACCACAUAUGACAUUCCCCCAGAAAUCAAUCAGUUGGUCGAAAGGGGUCUUUACGGAAUCAUUGGGGAUCUAGCUGAUGCAAUGAUACGCGAAACUCAAGACAACGACCCUAACCGACGGCAGGCACUCAACCUGCUCCUUGAGAGAGUUGCUCAAAGCGGUAAUAUUUCCGAGGAAGAUUAUGAGGUGGAAAAUGUUUUGCAAGGUAACAUAGAUGAAUCUAUUCACCUGGAAAAUAUGGACCGUCGAGAUAACCUGUUGCGUCGCUUGGUCGCGAGCGGUGCCAGAAUUGCACCUAACGAUGCACCUGAAAUUGCCCAAAGCAACGGGAACAGCAUGCUAGUUAUCUUAAGAGCAAUCGCACAAAUCAACCCCGACGAAAACAACGAGGUAUUCCGUGCUCUUGUUGAUGCGAGGGUAACCGAGUAUGAGGUGGAAUUCAUCACUCAGCUAAUUCAUAUGAUAAGAGGCCGUAGAGAUGAUCUAGCCCGGUUACUCUACGCGGCGAUCCGAGACGGUGCUCAUGAACUUUAUAACGAGCUUAUUGAUACACACUCCGCAGGGGCCUGUCGACAAGCUUUGCUUAUUGCAAUUGAGCGUAACAAUGUCAACCUCCUUGACCGCCUUAUGAGAUUGCCCUACAACGGGAAUAUCCUCGGCAACGGCACUCCUCCUAACAACGGGCAUGCCUUAUCUGUUUACCCUAUUGCUGAGGAUGUUUAUGACCGCAUGGAUCAUAUCGCGGUCCAAGGACGUAGCAUCCUGGAAGGCGCGUUGGUCAUGCGUAACUUUGAUGCAGCCCUUUUCCUUAUUGAUAACGGCUUCCCGACGACAAUCGACAACAAUGUGAUGGAGCGAGUCCAGAGAGGCCUUGAUGAGCUUAGGGGCACUAUAGAACCGAUGACUGCCACGGCUUUAGAGGAAGCUGGCGAGCCUCCACUUGAUUCCCGACGCAUAUUGCCAAUCUAUAACGGAAGACCCGAAGACAAGGAGGCACAAAUAAGAUUUCGAGCGACCGUCGCAACGUUCGAGACGGUUGCGAGUCGACUCAAAUCUGCCAGCGAAAACGUCAUUAAUAAGUUUAAUUCAUUAUCUAUGAACGAUGGUCUUGAUGUUCAUAUGGCGAUUGUGGGUGCUGGGCCGCGCGGCACCAGCGUUCUAGAGCGUAUGUGCGCGUCUGUACCGGAUAUCCUCCUCCCGGACGUUCAUCUUACAAUUCAUAUGAUCGAUCCGUUCCCGCCGGGAGCUGGCAGCGUCUGGCGUACGGACCAGCCGGCGCAGCUAAUAAUGAAUACCAUCACAUCGCAGAUGACCCUGUACACCGACCAGAGUGUGACCUGUUCUGGACCGAUACGCCCAGGGCAGGACUUAUAUACCUGGCAGAUGCAUGCAACUGGGGAACCACGGUUAGGUCCUAACGACUGCGCAACCCGUGCUCUGUAUGGCCACUACUUAAGAUGGGCCUUUGAUCAAAUACAAGUUCACGACAAAGACAAGGUAAAUAUUGUGGUGCACACUGCCCGCGCGGUCAGCCUCGAUGACGAAUCAGAUGGGCGCCAGGUCCUUACCCUUUCCACUGGUGAUUCACUAUCCGGCCUUUCUGCUGUAGUCCUUGCCCAGGGACACCUGCCACUGAUCCCAAGCCCACGUCAGCAACAGCUCACUACAUAUGCUGAACAGAACGGUCUGUGUUACAUACCACCGGCGAAGCCGGCAGAUGUUGACCUCUCUCCCAUCAAUCCUAAUCAACCGGUCCUCCUGCGCGGUCUUGGUCUCUCUUUCUUUGAUUACGUAUCCCUGCUUACUGAGGGCCGCGGCGGCCGCUUCGAACGUACAACCUCUGGCUAUCGAUAUAUUCCCUCAGGAAGAGAGCCGCGAAUAUAUGCUGGCUCACGCCGCGGCAUCCCAUACGUUGCCCGCGGCGACAACCAAAAACCGCCCUUCGAGCGCCAUACUCCACUUGUACUCACCGACGAGAUAAUCGCUAUGCUCCGUGAGCAGGCCGAGUCCGGUAACCCACCGGAUUUCCAGGAAGAAGUAUGGCCUCUUGUUGCGAAGGAGGUAGAAACGGUGUACUAUGAGACUAUGUUGGGAGCGAACAAUCCAGAGCGCCUUAACUUCCGAGCCGAGUUCCUCAGUACCCAACCAGGCGGCGCUGAAGAAAUCCGGGUUCUUGACAAGUUCAACAUCCCCAAGGCGGAUCGCUGGUCCUGGGAGUUCAUGUCACGACCGUACGAUAAUGAGUAUGCCUUCACAUCGGCCGAAACCUGGCAAAACUGGCUGCUGCAUUAUUUAGACGAGGAUGUCCGGCAGGCUGCGCUUGGGAACAUCGAGAGCCCUCAGAAGGCGGCCAUUGAUGUACUGCGUGAUUUGCGCAACGAGCUGCGCCUAGUCGUGAACCACGGAGGAAUUUCAGGUACCUCGCGCCGGGAUCAAUUCGACUCUAUAUUUUCGUCGCUUAAUGCCCACCUUUCUAUCGGUCCGCCGAGAAUACGCAUUGAGCAGUUGAUUGCGCUAAUUAAAGCGAACAUAGUAACUGUUAUCGGCCCCGAGUUGGAGGUGCACUCUAGAAACGGGGUAUGGCUCGCGAAAUCCCCCGAGAUCCCGGGCUCGAGAGUGCGUGUAACCGGCCUCAUAGAGGCGCGUGUACCGGAACCGAGCUUAAAGCAAACUGCCGAUGAGCUUCUUAGAGACUUGUUGGACAGGGGACAAUGCCGCCCUCACACCAUUGGCGAUUACGAGACUGGAGGUGUAGACGUAACGCCCAAUCCGUGCCAUCUAAUCAACAAUAAUGGCGUCCCACAUCCAAGGCGGUUCGUUGUCGGUGUCCCUACGGAGGGCGUACACUGGGUGACUGCGAUUGGGGUUAGACCAGGUACAAAUUCAGUCUCGCUUUUAGAGACUGACGCCGUCGCGCGGGCCGCACUUAUGGCAAGUGUAAAUACAACCAACAACCCGAGACCCAAAUCAUGAUUCGGACAGCUGUAUUACGGACACUAGGGCUACUUGAGAGAUUCCCUUAGAGGGAAAAAUUGAGAUUGUUUAUUGGAUAAUAGGUAGGUACAUAAUCAAGAUAAUAAUUAACAAAGCAAGAGUUAAACAUUAAUAAAAAGUUGAGUUUGGUUAAGAUGGAAC